GUGCAAAAACCGUCGAAAGUUCAUGUCAUAUGGUAGCUUCAACGUUACAUGAUAACAAUGAAGAUAUACCAUUUGCUUUAAUAUAUUUAAUCGAAGCUGAUGAAUCAAAUAGCAAAACUCAAACAGCUCGUCUUGUGUCUACUACUUUUGAUGAAGAUCUUGAGACCAUUGGAGGUGCUGAUG